AUGCAAGCGAGCGGGCUUCUGCUGGCGUGGUUCUCGCUCGUGCCCCGUGGCGCUGUGAUUGCGAUGGCGAUGCUUGCCUUCUUGCAGUCUGACCCUGUUGUGGGCGCGAAGUGGACUGAUAUCCAGUUCAAGGGCGCCAUUGAUUGCCUGGCAGCCAAUGGGCUGACGAUGCCAGAAGAAUUGGCCAAUCUUCAAUUCGGCGAUUUGAAGGAUGCCGAUGGCGCGACGGCGCUGACGAAGGGCGUCCUGCGGCGCGCUCUGGAUCGCGCGACGGUGGCGGCAGCCAAGGCGAGUGCGCCGGGUGCCACGGGGUCAGCGAUGACCGAUGCGCUGGCCACCGAGGUGCAGCGCGCGAAAUCCAGGGGAAUCGCGCGCCCGUUCAUUUAUACUGAGCUCGCGAAGUUCAAGCCGCUUUGCGCGCGCGGCGCGGGCGGCUCUCCCGACGAUGACGAGCCCGAGUCGAAAGAGGCGGCCGCGUUGGCCAGAGCGUUCGGACGGGGAACCGCGGCGGAGAGCCAGCCGCUUCUGGCGUGGACGCCAUGGCACCAAGCUUACGUCGCGUGGAGCGUGGCGGCCGCGGUCACUGAUCAGAUUUCGUACACGAGCGCCAUGGCUCACAAACACGUUGUUCUCCAGGUUGCCUUGGUCUACGACCGCCUUGUGCGGAGGACGUGGGCCGAGCGUGCCGCCGCCGGCGCGGCAGGCUUCCAGGCCGCAGCUCCGCGCCAG